AUGGCGUUAUUCUCCCUGCGGCAACCUUGUCUAGUCCAGGGCCAUCUUUCCUUGUGUCCCCUCCUCUGUGACGAUUGGCGAUUCUUAUGCUUGGCGCCGUUGCUGAGUCAGCUAACGCCCCAUCAUCCAACUAUUACCUGUUUGCGCGACGGCCAUAGUCAACUUCGCGAUGCGGUGCAGCAUAUGGCUAUGUUCUCGGAGUACGCCCCUAUAACGAAGGACUCACACAUCACACCCCCUUCGAGUUUCGCAACUCAUCCUUUGACGCCGCCGCCAACGGACGAAAAGCCGUUCGCGCAAGCCCAUCGGGUUAUUGCGCUCUUCAAAGAAAUCCGGGCUGGAAAGCACACCAAGCGAAACCCGUGGACCGAAUUUCAGCUUUCGGCAGAAGAGUAUGAUGAGAUAGAACGUCGGCUUCGGCGGGACGAGGACCUAUCGGGAUACGUCAACGACAAGAUACGGUAUGAUUACAACAGCGAAACGCACCGCCUCGUUGUUCGGAUGCCGACCGGGGUACAUGAGCUAUUCAUUGACGGAGUGGAAGACGCGAUUCGAAGCCAACUGAAAGCGAUACGGAGAGGAUCAGAUAAAGCCGCCCGCUUCGCGCAAAAAGUAUGGCCUGCCCGAUCGACGGAGAUUGAAUUUCCCGUAGAAGACUGUCCAACUGGCAGGAGGUCGAAAUAUGAGCCAGACGCGUCUUUUUGGCACGAGAACGCACAAUACCCUGGGGUUAUCAUCGAAGUUGCGUACUCGCAGAAGAAGAAGAGACUAGGUCAGCUAGCUGAAGACUACCUUCUCGAUUCGGACGCAAACGUGCGCGUUGUUGUCGGCCUUGAUAUUGAGUACGGCAAGAAAGGGUCACAUGUACUACGAGUAGUUCAAGAGGCAGCCAAUGAGAUAUUUCGUGACGAGCAAGGAAUCGCUACCGAUCAUCCUGGCUUACAGCUGCACCUUAGCGAUUUUGCCCACAAGGGACUAGUUCAGGAAGAGAUGGGAAACCCCGAUCGAGAAUUGAACAUAUCCGCUCGACAGCUUUGCAAAUUUCUCAAUGCAGCGGAGGUAAAGGUGCGCCAGAAGGGAUCGCUUAGCAAGGAUUUAUUGCCCGUGGGAGUCAAAAAGAGGAAGCGAUCAGAAACCCCUCCAGAAGAGAUUGCUUCUACCGAUGAAGCGAGAUAUGUUGAGCAAGAGGAGAGAGCGGCAAAACGUAUAGCAGAGGGUGAUUCCGACUAUGAGGAUAUUUCAGCGAAAAGCCCCGGAUCUUGUUCCGACCGAUCGUGA